UCCCAACAUAAACAGCCUAAGAUCUCCCCGAAUCUCAGUCUUUCACUUACAGCCUCACUCACUCCUUUCAAUAAUUAUUAUAUAGUAGAAAACAACCUUCCACUCUCGUACAUCUAAUCUGUCAUUUUUCUCACACUUACUAUUUUUUUUCGGGUGCUUUUAAAAAUUAUUAUUGUGGAGAUCUCUACUACUUAGAAACUACCUCUCUCUUUCUUCUCCUUUCACCAUUUUUAGAUAUAAAGCUUCUCCUUUUUCCCUUGUAUUAAUCACACUCUUGGUCUUGAUCGCUUAUUUUCUUCUCCAACUUCUCUCAUCAAUCUCUCUCCUUCUACUCCUCUCUUAAUUAUUUCCUUUCACAAUUCAACAUUUCAGUUCUUUCUUUUGAGUCAUAACAAUGGCUUCUUCAAGCAUUUCAUUUUGUCACAUGAAUAAUCUACAACAAAGAAAGCCUUUUUCAAUCGAGCGCAGGCCUAAACUCCUCAAAGAUUUCCUCAACGACACCAAUAAUUCAUGCUCUUCAAGUGGGUUCAACUCUUUCCCAAGACAUUCCAAAAUCUCAAAUCCAAACCCAAAAUUUGCCAUAAAAUUGCCCAGCAGAAAACACAGACCAAAAACAUCAUCAUCUUCAUCUUCAUCGUCAACCUCAACCACAAUCUCAGCCAUUCAAGCUGUAAUCAACGCGGUAAAAAACAUCCCAUUUACCACCCGAAAAUCUCCCUCAUUCUUACCCAGAAGCCUUUCUCGUAAGCUGUCAACAAAGAGAGACCAUUCCAGGUCCAAAAGGCAGGAACCAGAACAAGAAGAGAAGGAAAAUCAUCAAGUCCAAAUUUCAGUGAAAGUCAAAGACAUCCUACGGUGGACAUCGUUCCGUGACUUAGUUGAGGAGAUAACUCCACCGUUGGAUUUCACUAAUUCACCUCAUCACUACACCACCACUACCACCACCACUAGGUCAAUUGACUCUUCUUUCAAUAGUAGUAAUGGCUCAAGUUGGUGCGAGAGUGAUUUUACGGCGGAGCUUUUACCGUGCUGGAGUGGUAACUCUGACGAGAAUGAAGUUAAGAUGGGUAAAAAGGACUUAUCCUGUGUCGGCGUGGAUCCUGUGGAUGCUACAACACAGACAGAAAAUGUGGGCCCACAGGAUAGAGAGAUGCUCCUCUACGAAGAAGAUGAUGAUGAACAACAAAGUCCGGUUUCAGUUUUUGAUUUUGAGUUGAGAGAAAAUGAAGAACACUUCUCCACCUUUGAUCAAAGUCUUGCCAAUGUGGAGAGGGCAAGGCAAACACUUAUUCAGAAUAUCAACCAAUUUGAGAGUCUUGCAAACUUGGAGCCUUUCAGUUCUGAAGAAGAACACAACAAUGACGAAGAUGAUGAAAAAGAAGAGUAUGAAUUAGUAGAAGAAAUGGCAAAAGAGUUGUUGGUUUAUGUCAAGGAGACAAGUUCAUCACAUAGAUGCAAGAGUGAAGAAGAUCAAGUACUACUUGACUUUUUUAGAGAUGAAAUGAAGGCAAAACAGAGUCAUGAUGAAUACAAUUCGGAGAUGGUGAGCUUAGCCAAAUCUUGGUUAAAUAGGGAACAAAAGGGAGUACUUGGGUGGGGGCUAGACUACAACAAGGAGGUGUAUAUCAGGGAGAUGCAUAAAGAGGGAAAGUGGAGCCAGUUUGAGGUUGAGCAAGAGGAAUUGGCUUUGGAAAUUGAGGCCGGAAUGUUUGAACAAUUGAUAGAUGAGGUUUUGGUUGAUCAUCUAUAGAAAAAACCCUAUUGUGAUACAUGAUGCAUGGCCUUUGGGUUUGAACUUGUAAGUUAGGGCGUAAAGUGUGAUUCAGAAAAUUAAUUGAUUUUUUGGAUUGUAAAAAUAGGACAAUAAAGACUUUGAAUGGGCAUUUGCUCAUGCUCAAUUUUGAUGCUCAAUUUUGUAGAGCCUUGGUGCAGCAAGCGGCUAUGUAGGCCGCCACUUCAUUUUGGUGGAGUAUUCAUUCUUAACCAUUGUAUUUAUCCAUGGUUGAGAUUGAACUGUCAAUGUAUUUGUGAUUUUCCAAAAACACAAGUUCCUAUUGUA